AUGUCACUCACAGCUGUGAAGUCUGAUGCCGCCGUUAUCGGUGUGGUGGGCGCCGUAGGAACUGUUGCACUAUCCGAGUCCCGGGAAUGGGCUCCUCCUCCGCCGGGCAAGCGAUGUGCCACGGUGACUAUGCUCCUGGCCCAAAGGAUUGCACGCAACGCUCGCUGGUCAGUCGACAAGGAGCCUUCGUACAGUGCGAACAAGAUGAACGUCUGGCAAACGUUGGAGUAUCUUUCGGGUCUCAGCCUGCGUAAGAAGUACAACUACGAGGGCUUCGCGGACACCCAGAAUGUGAUCAGGACCCUUACGCCCUCCUGGCGGCGGGAUAGCUUUGCUGAGAAGGCAAAGGCUGAGGAAUUGGCGGGCGGAGCAGCCGCAACGACUGUAAAGUAUCCCGAGGAGCGCUCCUCGAGUGUUCCCUUAAUCGCUGUCACGGAUCCUGGCAUAAGUACCAGUUUCCAGAGCACCGACCACAAUGUCGCCUUGGCCGACCGAUCUGGAGCGAGAAGUCCGUCCGGUCAUGGCAGAAAGCAUCGCAGCCGGAAACGUAAUGCUCCGAAUUUGGAUCCCGAGUACGCUCUGUCGCCGGAAGACCUUCAGGAUUUGGUCAAGUGCAAUUUUAAUUUGCCGCGCAUUAGCGCCCGCCUGGAGCGUCUAAUGGGCACCAAUGUGGUCAAGCUGACGGACCGCGCCUACAUGAAGGAGCUGCGCGAAAGGAUCGACGAGGAUUACCGCAAACAGCUUCUGUCCCGCAUUCGCGCCCGGGAGUUAAAGGAAGUGGAACGCGAACGUAUGCUGAUUAUCGAGGGCAAGUCGGAUGUGAUACCAGACGAACUGGCCGACGAUCCCAUAUUUAUGGUCAACAAAGAUGCCAACAUGGAGAUCCAGAAGGAGCGCUCCAAGUUGAAAACCGCUCGAGAGAAGAAUGCGGAGCGUUUGAAGCUGCAGGGCGUGAAAUGGGAGCGGGAACGGCUCCAACACGCCGCCAAAGAAGCCGAACUGCUGGCCAAGAAACGUGAGCGGCACCGCCAGCAGAAAUUGUUGGUGGAACAGUACAGGACGGAGGACGCCGAAAGGGGAAUGGACCUGCUGCGCAUCGAAAACGAAGACUGGCGGGAGUGCGAAAAGAGCCUGAAGGAGUUCCUCGAACAGGAGCGUGCCAAAAUGAAGGAGCGUUCCUUACGCAUCUCCCAGCCCUUCUCAUCCGAUCCGCAGGAUAUACAGAAUAUAGUGAGGGCCAGGCAAAAGUUCCGCGAAACCGAGCUGCGUAUUCGCAACCAGCUGGAGGACAAACUGAAGGAUGUAAAAAUGGCGGUCACCACUCAACAGCUGACUGAACUCAUCGAGGAUGCCCAUCGGUCCAGUGUGGAGUUAGUGCGAGAGACCUCGUUGGAGGACGACGAGCUCCAAGGCGAGGCACAUUCCAGGUAUCUGGACGACGUGACCGACGUCUCCGAUGAGACGGUGAUCAGCGAGGAUGCCAUCAGUCUGACCCUGGCCAAGCAGCAAUACGCGGAGGAACUGGAGGCCGAGAUGGAGGACGAGUUCAAUCGAGGUCUGCUCAUCUCCAAGCAGCAGUACGAUCAGCUGCGCUUCGAGGAUGAGAAGAUCGUGGCGCUCAGGAAUGCCAAGGACAUUCGAGAGCUGUAUCUGCUGGCUGAGGAGAUCAUCAACGGCGAGGUCUUUGAAGAGGCGCCAGAGGAGGUCGAGGAGGAAGCUGUGGGCGAAGAGCAGGAGCUCGAAAUCACCUCAGUUCACGAGGAACCGGAUGCAGCCAAAGCCUAAUAAUCGAUAGGAGGUCCAGUUUUAUUGUUCGAAGGACAACGGGAGACCGUUUCUCCUGCUGCUCCUCUUUUCGCGAGUUUACAAAGUUUGGCCAAAUAUUUCGCUUUUCUGCUGGAAAUCAAAAUAUUUCACCAAAUUGUGCAAAAAUUAGUCAGGAUAUGGGGGCCUACAGUUUUUUGUCGACGCAAUUGUUAAUCAUUGAAUGAGGAAGUGGAAUCGAAAAACGUCAGCGCCACUGUCACUCAAUCUCAGCGCUUAGGUUGAUAACUGUCAAUGGGGUUUAAUUAGAGCUGUAACGAGGUGAUAGUGCCCGCAUGACAAUAAUAAUAAAGCGGCCGAAAAAUCCAAAAACAAA